AUGCGGAAACAACGGGUUGCGACCUCCGUCCUUCUCCGUCCAAGUCCACUCCCCGACGACCUCGUAUUCCUGCGAAUCAUCGGACAGGGUCGCCAUGCGACAGUCUGGCUGUGCGAGGACGGUCGCACAGGCGAGCAGAUCACCUGCAAGAAGAUCCUUAAAUCGACGCUAAGAGGCUCUGGCGGAAUCGUCGAAGCUGGCGACAGCUCGUCUGCGACAAUCUUAGCUCGACUACGGCCGUCGCACGACGACGUCCGUCGCGAAGUCGCUGUCACAGAGGGUCUUUCGGGGAAGCACCCCAACAUUCUCGCGUUCAAAGGAGCCUUCGAGGAAGCCGACGCGGUGUAUUUAACCUCGGAAUUCUGCGACUCGAGUAACCUACUAACGUACAUUGUCGAAUCCGCGAAACGAGACGGCGCACGCGCCCCCGACGUGUACAAUCUCGCCGGCGACGGCGACAGCACUGCUAUCUGGGAUGAUGCAGCUAUUUUCUGUGUUCCCGCCCGCACCGACCGAGGAAUUUCUCGCAGCAUUUCGCGAACGCUUAGCCUCCAACGAAGCAUUUCGCGAACCCUGAGCUUCCAGCGCGGCAAAUCUGGUCGCAAGCCGCCCGCGACACCUCGCAAAGGCGACGCCGUCUCCCGCGACGUUUUCGGCGGAAGCGGCGCCGGCGCCGGCGGCGACGGCGGGUGGGAGGGAGACUGCGCCUGGGCCCUUCCCGAGGCCGACGCGCGCGCGAUUUUCCGUCAGGUGGCGGCGGCAGUGCAAUUCUGCCACCAGAGCGGCGUUGCGCACGGCGAUAUCCGCCUCGAGAAUGUGCUUUUAAGCUCGCGCCGAUUCGUCCCGGGGGCGGCGGCGGGGGGACCGCGCGGACUGCGCCGGCGGCGAUCGCGUUCCCUUCCGGACGCUUUAUCCACGUUCUCACACGCGUACGCGUCUGACGCAAGUACUGGUUUCGGUGGGGACGGAUUAGAGUCGCCGCGCGCCGCGCCCACCCAAGGCGGUUUCCCUGCUGUGUUCGCGAAGCUCGCGGAUUUCGGAAGAGCGGAGAGUGUGGGUGGGACCUCUGCUGUGGGGGAUGCGGCUGCGGGUGACGUGGCAGCAGCGGAGAGCAGUGGAGCGGUGGCUUCAGUAGCAUCGCGGAUACGCGACGCCGUGAAAAAGGGGAGUUUCGGGGGGAAGUCAUGCUUUGGGGGAGAAGAAGGCGUAUGCUGGAUGCAAUACGCAGCGCCGGAGCUGAUUUUAUCGGAAAUGGAGUGUAUCAAGUUCGGAGCAUGGGCGGCUCGACAGGAAUGUCCGAUGAAAGCUGACGUGUGGUCGCUGGGAGUGGUGCUUUUCGCGCUUCUGUCGUCGUCCGUCCCCUUUUCGGGUCCCCACGAACGGAGGAUUUUCCGCCAGAUCGCGGGAGCGCGAGAUCAUUUAGAGCAGCUCAUGUUUCCUUCUGGAGAUGGAGAGACUCGUAACGACAAGGUGUGGCUGCGCGUUUCGGCGGAAGCCAAAGAUUUGAUUUGCAGCAUGCUGGAGAUUGAGCCUGCCGCCCGUUUGUCGAUUAACGACGUCGUUAACCACCCGUGGCUGAACGCGAAGGAUAUUACGGCGCGACGGGGAAUUCGGGGGUCCAUGAAGUGCGGUGGUGGGUUGGGUAGCGUUAGCAAAAUCGGUGGUGGGUUGGGUAGCGUUAGCGUUAGCGCUAGCGGCGACAAAUUCGCGGAGCUGAACGAUAUCGGCGAGAAAACAGGCAGCUGUAACGCCCAACCUUGCGAUUUUCCGCCACCGCUGCGAAGGAGGAACACUUUUGCCUCGCCUUCGGACCGGCAUAGCACGCCGAGUAGCGUUUGCGAUGUGGACGCUGGCUGCGAUGAAUUCGUGGCGCUGAACGAUAUUGGCGAGGAAAAAGACGGCUGUAACGCCUGGAAGGGCAGUAGUCACAAUAGGGCAGGCGAAUCUUCCGAUUUUCCGCCACCGCUGCGAAGGAGGAACACUUUUGCCUCGUCUUCAGGUCGGCAUAGCAGCACGCCGAUGGGCUCGCGUAUGGAAGAUUCGGCUGAACGAAAGCGCGGGGAACCCGUGAAGUGCGCUGGUUUUUUGGGUAGCGUUCGCGAUGUGGACGCUGGCGGAGAUGAAUUCGCGUUGCUGAACGAUAUGGGCGAGAAAAUCGGCGGCUGUGAUUCUCGGGCCGAAUUUUGCGAUUCUCCGCCACCGCUGCGACGGAGGAGCACUUUUUCCGUGUCUUCGGACCUGCGAAGAAGCAGCACGCCGAUUGGCUCGCGAGUGGUUGAUUCGGCUGAACGAAAGGGCAGGCACAAAAGGGCGGGCUCAGUUGCCACAACAUCCGCUACUGUCAACUCCGACUGCGUUACAAGCGCUGGUCCUAAGAGGAUAAGAGGCGGAAAGCUGAUGCGCGUGAUCAGCCAAAGCAUUGGGAGCCUCGCAGAGUUGAGUGAUUUCGGCGAUAAAAAGCGCAGCUGUAAUGCUGGGAAGGGCAGAGGCAGCAGUAACACUCCACCUCCCCUGCGACGUGAAUUUUUCGACCCUCCACCUCCCCUGCGAUGGAGGAGCACCUUUUCCGCAUCUUCGGAUCUUCCGCCGAUUGGCUCGCGAGUGGUUGAUUCGGCUGAACGAAAGCGCGAGCACAGAAGGUCCAACUCGGUUUUCACCGCAUCCGCUACUGUCAACUCCGACUGCGUUUCAAGCGCCGCCCCCAAGCGGGUUGGACGUGGAAAGCUGGUGCGCGCUAUCAGCCAAAGCAUUGGGAGCCUCGCAGAACUGAGCAAGAUGGGCGAAAAGAAAGACAGCUGUAACGACGGGAAGGGCAGGGGCAGCGGUGGUCACAUUCGGGCAGGCGAACCUUUUGACCCUCCCCCUCCUCUGCGACGGAGGAGCACUUUUUCCGCGUCUUCGGACCGGCCGCCAAUUGCCUCGCGAGUGGUUGAUUCGGUUGAACGAAAGCGCGAUACAAGCGCUGGCCCCAAGAGGAUGGGAGGCGGAAAGCUGGUGCGCGCGAUCAGCCAAAGCAUUGGGAGCCUCGCAGAGCUGAGUGGUAUGGGCGAAAGUUAUGACAGCUGCAACGCCGGGAAGGGCAGGGGCAGCAGUAGGCACACCCGGGCAGGCGAAACUUUCGACCCUCCCCCUCCUCUGCGACGGAGGAGCACCUUCUCCGCGUCUUCAAACCGCCCUCUCACGCCGACUGGCUCGCGCAUGGUUGAUUCGGCUGAACGAAAGCGCGAGCACAAAAGGUCCAACUCAGUUUUCGCAGCAUCUACUAGUGUCAACUCCGCAUCCGUUACAAGCACAACCUUCCAGAGCAUGAGGGGUCGAAAGCUCUUGAUGCGCACGAUCAGCCGAAGCAUUGGGAGCCUCGCGGAUCUGAGGGGUCUCACAGCUGGUAACCGUAACAGUUGUACACCUGGUGCUGUCAGCUACAGUGAAUGCGACAUCAAUUUUGUCAGCUACAGUGAAAGCAACACAGACGACAGAAUCGGCAGCAGCAGCAGCACGACUGAGGGUGAAGCUGCAGAGGCAAGCGCGAAUGAGGCUGAAGCAGGAGCAGCAGAGUACACAUUUUCCUUUCAACCACCUGAGGGGCUGGGAGCAGAAGAGGAAGUGAUUGCGCUCGGUCCAACCAGAGGUCUCCGACACAGAAGCAGCAAAACCAAGGGAGGGGAAGUACCUAAUAGGGGUCACACAGCUGCUGCGGAUGCUGCUGCAGGUGCUGCUGCUGGUGCUGCUGCUUCAUCGCAUACUCCCGUUGUGGGUGUUUCAAGUCAUUGUGUGGACUGUACUGCUGCCCACCCGUGCAGGGCCUUGGAGGGGAGUUGCUGUGACGCUUCCCACGGAUCCUCACACCCUGCUGCCUCAACCGCCUUUUCCGUUUCCUCCACCCCCUCACGAGAAGAUGAUGCUUCUGCUUAUGCUGCUGCUGCUGCUUUCAGUGCAGCCAAACCUGUCAGAGCAUGGGGAAGGAGUUACACAGACACAAGACAAAGAUCCCCACACGCUCUCCAGUCAGCCUACCCCUUCCUCUCCCCUCAGCCUUCCUUCCACCCUCCUGCUUCUCCUGGUGGUGCUGCUGGUGGUAACCCUACUCCUGGUCACAGCAGCAGUGGUGGUGCAAGCACAACUCCCAAGAGCGCGAGAGGUCGAAAGCUCCUGAUGCGCACGAUCAGCAGGAGCAUUGGCAACAUCGCAGAUCUGAUGAGUCUCGGACAUGGUGACCGUUACAGCAGUACACCCCCCCCUGAUGCUGUCACCUACAGUGAAUGGGACUUCAACUCUAGGCAAGCGCGACUGAGUCUGAAGCUGAAGCAGCAUGGUACAGAUUUCCCUUUCAAAGACACGAGGGGCCAGGAGCAGAAGACCAAGCGUUCUCGCUCGGUCCAAUAA